AUGGAAUGUGAGGACCUCGGGUGUGAGUCGGUCAUGCGUGUCACUCGCAAGCGCCUGGUCAGUCCAUCCACCACUCAGCCCAUGAUUCACUUGGGCACAAUGGGUUCCGGGGACACGGUGAUGAAGUCGGGCCACCACCGUGACGCGCUCGCUCAGCGGGAGGGAAUCAUCGCGGUCGAGAUGGAAGGAGCCGGGGUGUGGAGGCAUGGCCCCAGCAUCGUCAUCAAAGGCGUAUGUGACUACGCCGACAGUCACAAGAGGAAAGGCUGGCAAGGGUAUGCGGCGGCCACGGCGGCUGCUUGUGCGAAAACUUUCUUGAUGGAGUGGACUCCCGAGAGGAAACCAAGCAGUUCAGCUAACGAACCCAGAACCAACCAACACUUUCUCGUUCCGAGGCGACGCGCGAAGGACUUCUUUGGUCGUGAGGACGAGCUCAACAAGAUCGCUUCUUGCUUUGGUGAUGAAAGUGACCAGCCUCGCAUCUUGGUCUUGCAUGCGAUGGGAGGACAAGGCAAGAGCCAGAUUGCCCUUGAGUACUGCCAGCGUACUCGCCACACCUACGGGGGUGUGUUUUGGGUCAAUGGCAGCUCGACCUCCACGACCACACAAUCUCUGGUCCGCAUCGCACAAGAACUCAACGCCUCAGCUGCUGCAGCGUUACCUGACGACGAUGCCAGAGUUGCGUUUGCUCUCCGGACGCUGGAACGGUGGGAGCAUCGUUGGCUGAUGGUGUUUGACAACUGUGACGAUGCUGCCACUUUCUCGGAGGUUGAGCGAUUCAUGCCACAAGUCGGUAGAGGGAACAUUCUCUUUACGAGUUGGCAUCGAGAUCUGGAGGAGCUCGGCGAUAUCAUUGAGGUACCACCGAUGCCUCCCAAGCCCGGCGUGACACUCCUUCUGCACCGAUACCACGGUAUCAAUAUCGAGGAUUACAUGUCCGAAGGCACCGCCAUAGUGAAUCGUCUCGGUGGUUUGGCUCUGGCCAUCGACCAAGCGUCAGCCUACAUGCAAUACACCCGUCUACCACUCAACCAACUGAGCACCUUUCUGCCGCAGUACAACGCUCGACGUGAGAAGGUCCUCCAGCACACCACACGCAAUUUUUGGAAGUACAUGAAGAUCAGUCACCCGAACGAACGGCAGACAGCCAUCAACGCUUUCACCACGUGGGAAAUGUCCUUUCAACAGCUUCUCGAGGCUUGGGAGGAACGAGACAGUGUGGCCCACUUUCUGACGCUUUCAGCUUUCUUGGGUCCGACCCUGGUCAAUGAGUCUCUGUUUCCGUUUCACUGGGCAUUGAGUGAACCUCCACCCACGUGGAUGUGCGUCUUCACCGGACCGUCACCAGAAGGGGCCACGGAGGAAGGUCUUCCAUCUGGAGUGAAGCGCGACACUGUUGCACGAGACAACGCGAUGUCUAACCUGUCUCAAGCCCAUCAACGAACUAGUUUUGGCGACCCCCGGGAGUCCUGGAAUGCGGACCACUUUUGGCAGCUUAUAUACCAGGCGUCCCAGAUAUCGCUCCUACCGAGUAUAUCACCAGUAACCGAGUCAGCAGGAGCAAGUUUUCUCCUUCACCCUCUGAUCCACGACUGGCUCCAACUUCGACUGGCCCCUCGAGAACGCCAGACAUACACUCGUGAGGCUGUCGACGUGAUAGCCAGCUCCAUUCGGAUUUCCACGACCAGGGACAGCGAUGCCCCGGUCAAGUUGGCCCUUCUCCUGCACAUGGAUGCGGUCCUCGCAAGCGAUAAUGAGUUCUUCCACGACGAGCAUCGGCUUGGUCGAGAUAUAUCUACCUGCGACGAUGCCCACUGGUUUGCAUCAUUCUAUCGAGACCAGGGCCGAUAUGAUGCCAGUUUCAGUCUACGUCGUGUGGAAAUGGAGACGAGGGAGAGAGUGCUGGGCAAAGAGCACUCCGACACACUGAGCAGCAUGGGCAACCUGGCUACAGUGCUGAGAGAUCAGGGCCAGCACGCUGAAGCCGAGCAGAUAUACCGCGUGGUAGUGGAAGCAGGGGAGAGGGUGCUCGGCCGCGAACAUCCCGACACGCUAACUAGCAUGAACAACCUGGCUACAGUGCUAAAUGAUUAG